AUGACUGAAUGUGGCGGAAAUAUUACAUCAUUAGGAGAGUUAUAUUCUCCAAGCUAUCCUUUUUACUAUGGAGAAUCUAUUGACUGUACUUGGAUCAUUCACCUCCCUGAAGGUCAAUAUGUACAAAUAGAUCUAUUAGAUGUUGAUCUAGCGGUAUCAGAGAUAAAUACCCAGGUAGGGGGUUAUAAAUCUAAUCUUGCUGAUUCAUUCACUGUGUAUGACAGAAAUGUCCGGGAACCAAAAAUAUUCGAGACAAGUGGCGGUACCCUCAAAAUAAAUCCUAUAACAAGACUGAUUUCUACGUCUAACACUCUAGAAAUCAAUUUGAAAUCCAGCUACCGAUUUUCAGAGACAGGGGCCAGAGGAUUCGCAAUAAACAUCAGCAAAUCGGAUUGUGCUGGUUGUGGCGUGGGUGAGAUCAGCUGUUCAACUGGAGCAAAAUGUCUGACAAGUUGUGGUUACAUAUCAAGUCGUAACUUCCCAGAUUUCUACGAUGUUUCUUCCUCUUGCUCUUGGAAAAUUCAAGGCGUGGUGGGGCAAUAUGUAGUUGCUACGUUCCUUCAACUUGACGUCAUCGGAAACGAGAAGUGUGAAGGAGAUUUUGUAAAUCUGUAUGAUCUGGGUCUGAAUGAUAAUCGAUUUUUUUUGGGAAAAUAUUGUAAACACCAUCGUCCUGUGUACAGCAUUAAUUCUAACGGGCAUAAAAUGGAGGUGGAGUUGUACUCGGACUUCAGUGUUGUGGGUUCUGGCUUCAUGUUGAAGUAUGAACUCAGAACGAUAACCCUACAGACAACAACACAGAAUUCCACAGGAUGUGACGUGGGGUGGCGUGGCUUUGAAAACAGUUGUUAUAAAUUUGAUAUCAGUAACAAACCAAUCACAUGGACAAGUGCAAGGUCUCUAUGUGCGAAACAAGGCGGCCAUCUUGUCAGUAUCAACGGAAUCAGAGAAAUGGAAUUUCUACACUCUACCAUUUUGCUGCACAGCCCAUUUUCUACACGGAGUGCUUAUAUAGGUUUAGAGAAAAUACAAAAUGGAACCUUCCUGUGGGUUGACGGAAAACCUUUAUCUUAUUCUGCCUGGUACGAAGAUGAAACAAGUGGGAGAAGACAACCAGAUGGUUUUGAUCAGGAAUUAUGUUCAUUCAUGACUAUAGCAAGUAUCAGAUCUCUAAAAUCUUGGCACGAUGUAGCUUGUGCUUAUAACCAACUCGAUCAGUUUAUAUGUGAAAAAAACAAAGCAAUUCAUGAAUUAUUUCAAAAGAUAAAUUUGAUAGACUGA